AUGAACGCAUCACGGCUGCACGUCGCAGAGGAGAGCUUGCAACCUGGGGGUGACCUGCCAGAGGGUGCGAAAAUCCCUGGGUGGCUGGGAGGAACAAAGGUGCAAGAGAAGGCAAAUGCUCCUCUCGAUUCGGAGACGCAGAUGGAAAAAGAGAGGGUUACUGGCAGCCAAAAUGCGCAGGCAGCCAGAGAACCAGUUCCAGCAGGCCAAGAAAAACCCUCAGACAUGCCUCCUCCAUCUGAAGGAACAGCUGAGGAAAAAACGUAUUUGAUCAUAGAGAAAGAUCUGGCUGCAAUAUUGACUGGAGAAAAGCAGUCAGAGUCCUCGCAAGCCGUCAGCAAUAGAGCCGAGGAGGUCCCCGCGGCGCAGGAGACAAGCUGUCGUGGACCAUCUGCAGCAACCCCGGAGGCCGCAGCCUGCGGAGCGCCCACCGGGGAGCUCUCGGCGUGCAGUGAAGGCAAAAUGCAAACGGGCCCCGAGCGGAGGCUCCCGAAAGAGGCAGCUGUGAGCAAACAUGUAGAAUUUCAAGGGGUGGAGAUCUUAUGGUUGAAGAAAGCCCAGGAGCAGAAAAGGAAGAAGCAUUCGCUGCGGGAGGCUGUGUCUGUGGAGAGGAAAGCCUUGCCCAAAGUACCCAGCCACUCGGCACCACCCAUGGUCUCCCCGGCACUGCUCUCCUCAUCGGAGAGUGCUUGGAGGGAGGUCUGGGAAGAGCUGCGGCCGGGAACCGUCCCUGGAGCUACUCCUCUGGCUUUGCUGGAUGAGAGCGGGGAGGAUGACGUCUUUGUGACGGAGGAGGAGAAACACGGCGAAGACACCAAGGUUGCAGGAGGCAAGGACAGGAUCAUGGAGGAGGAAGAAGCAGCCAUAGGAGGGUAUGAAGAUGUAAGGCACUCCGAUGUCUCCACGGAUCUGUACAGCUCGCAGUUCGAAAACAUUCUGGACAACGCGUCCUUAUAUUACAGCGCAGAGUCCCUGGAGACCCUGUAUUCAGAGCCUGACAGCUACUUCAGCUUCGAAAUGCCCCUCACUCCAAUGAUCCAGCAACGCAUGAAGGAAGGCGGCCAGUUCUUGGACAGGACUUCAGCCUCGGGACAGCAAGAGGUCUUUAAGCUUCCCCCUGAAGGGGAAACGAGGAGUCGCCACGAAGCGAUCUCCAAUGGCCUAAGGGGUGUGAGUGAAACACUCUUCAAAGGAGACGUCACAGAGGUUCCUCACUUGGACAGGCGCCUCUACCACCUGGACAGGUUCAAACGCUCCGACGUGGCCAAGCAUCUGGGCAAAAACAACGAGUUCAGCAAGCUGGUGGCUGAAGAAUACCUAAAGUUCUUCGAUUUCACAGGGAUGACGUUGGACAACUCACUGAGGAGUUUCUUUAAAGCCUUUUCACUUAUCGGAGAAACUCAGGAACGAGAGAGAGUUUUAAUCCACUUCUCCAGCAGAUACUAUCAGUGUAACCCAACCACCAUUUCGACUCAAGAUGGGGUUCACUGCCUCACGUGUGCCAUGAUGCUGCUGAACACUGACCUGCAUGGCCAUAACAUUGGGAAGAAAAUGACCUGUCAGGAGUUCAUUGCUAAUCUCCAGGGGAUGAAUGAUGGUAAAGACUUCCCUAAGGGGCUGUUGAAGGCCCUCUACAAUUCAAUCAAGAAUGAGAAGCUUGAAUGGGCAGUGGAUGAAGAAGAGAAGAAGAAAUCUCACUCAGAUGGUACUGACGAAAAGGAUAACGGGAGCCAGACAAAAGCUGUUGGUCGCAUCGGCAACUCUAAUAAUCCUUUCUUAGACAUCCCUCAUGACCCCAACGCUGCUGUGUAUAAAACAGGAUUCCUGGCUCGGAAAAUCCAUGCAGAUAUGGAUGGAAAGAAAACUCCCAGGGGGAAGCGAGGCUGGAAAACCUUUUAUGCUGUGCUGAAGGGAACAGUCUUGUACUUGCAGAAGGAUGAAUAUAAACCAGAAAAGGCUUUAUCAGAGGAAGAUCUGAAGAAUGCAGUGAGUGUGCAUCAUGCUCUGGCAUCCAAGGCAACGGACUAUGAGAAGAAACCUAACGUUCUCAAGCUGAAAACAGCAGACUGGAGGGUCCUGCUUUUCCAAGCCCAGAGCCAAGAAGAAAUGCAGGCCUGGAUCAACAAGAUUAAUUGUGUGGCUGCAGUCUUCUCUGCACCACCAUUUCCAGCUGCAAUUGGGUCUCAGAAGAAAUUCAGUCGCCCACUCCUGCCAGCCACCACAACAAAGCUAUCUCAGGAUGAACAGCUGAAAUCCCAUGAAGCUAAGCUGAAGCAGGUCUCUACUGAGCUCGCCGAGCAUCGCUCCUAUCCUCCUGACAAGAAGCUCAAAGGCAAGGAAGUCGAUGACUACAAGCUGAAGGAUCACUAUCUAGAGUUUGAGAAAACUCGCUAUGAGAUUUAUGUUGGCCUCCUGAGAGAAGGGGUGAAGGAGCUGCUGAGCGGGGAGAACGAUGGGCCGGGUCUGAAGAAAUCCCACUCGAGUCCCUCGUUGAAUCAGGAGUCUCCAGUUAGUGCCAAGGUGAAACGCAACGUCUCGGAGAGGAAGGACUACAGACCAGAAACACCCAGCGUUAAGCAGAAGGUCACUUAGGGUAUAAAUGACAACGAGGGGAACGUCCAUGCAGCAGAAUACCGGUGGUCAAAACAUUUUUCCUUUGAUAAGCUGUCAUUCACAAAAAUAAGUGCAUCUGCCUGAAUGGGGUGUUAGUGACAUUUUCUAUUGUAUAUUUUGUUGUUUCUGUACAGAUUGUGGGAGAUGUCUUUGCUCCUGAUUUGCUUUGCUUUGUUAAUUUAUCCUUUAGCAACCGAAGCACAUCUUUGGGGAUUUUUCUGUAUUGUUUUGUUUCUAAAGGAGCUUGAGGGAGGGGAAGACCGCUGUGACUUACUAUCUGUCUCUUCCCCUUUAUAUCUCCUCCCAUUGGCACGUGGCUUUCAUCUCUCAAGUCACUUGUCACUUUAUUUACGUGGUCGGUGGGAAGCGUAACUGGACAAAUGCUGCAGUGUUGUGAAUUCAGACUGUUGCUGUGAGAAAUGUGUGCAAAUAGGCAGCUGCAGGAGACUGCUUAGAGUCUGGGAUGCUGGGAACGGUGUUUUCCUGACAAUGCA